UUUCGAUCGGUUCACCCCCUCCAACGCUCAGAAUCUUACGUUUGAGAGAACAUCUAUGGUGAACACCUCAAUCCAGCUAACGUCGGACCGGCUAGCGAGCAUCGGCCGGGCGACGUAUGCCCAGCCGCUGCAUCUCUGGGACAACGCGACGGGGAAGCUCUCGGCGUUCAACACCCACUUUGACUUUGUCAUUGAUUCCAAAGGCAGCAACAGGUACGGCGACGGUUUCGCGUUCUUCCUGGCGCCGGUUGGCUCCCGGAUUCCGCCCAACGCCACCAAAGGCGGCGGUUUUGGCCUCGCCAAUGACGCCGAGCGCUUGAACGCUAGUAAAAACGCGUUCGUUGCUGUGGAGUUCGAUAUUUAUCUGAACGAUGAGUACGAUACUCAGGCGAAGCAUGUUGGGAUUGACGUGGAUUCUCUGCAGUCCGCUGUUACUCAGACAUGGCUUCCAGACAUUGAGGGCGGGAAGCCAAACCAGGCCUGGAUUAACUAUGAUCCUGGGUCCAUGAAUCUAAGCGUUGUGUUCAGUACUAUAAUAAACAACAGAAGUACAUUCGACCGGUUGUCAUAUGUUGUUGAUCUAAGGAAGUUCUUGCCAGAACAGGUCACUUUCGGGUUUGCCGCUGCAACUGGAAACCGAUCAGCACUGCAGAUGAUUAAUACAUGGAAUUUCACGUCAACCUUUAAUAACCAGACAGAUCCAGCAGUCCACACUAAGGGCCUCCGGCCGGGGCUUGUUAUUGGUGUGGUUGUAGGAGGGUGUUUUCUGGUUGGAGGCUCCGCCGUGGCACUUUUAUUUCUGGUGUGGAGAAAGAAGAAGAUGAGGGAAAAAGUUGAUGACGAUAUCUUUGGUGACCUUGGAGGGGGGGCCGGGCCAAAAAGGUUUACAUAUCGGCAGUUGACAAGAGCUACAAAUAACUUUUCACAGCAAGCAAAACUCGGAGAGGGAGGAUUCGGGAGUGUUUAUAAGGGCUACUUGAAGGAACUUGAUUCGUAUAUUGCUGUGAAAAGGGUGUCAAGGGGAUCCAAGCAAGGGAUCAAGGAAUAUGCAUCAGAAGUGAGGGUGAUUAGCCGGAUACGCCACAAGAAUUUGGUGCACCUAAUGGGUUGGUGCCAUGAGAACAAAGACCUUCUACUAGUCUAUGAGUUCUUGUCCAAUGGCAGCUUAGACUCCCAUCUUUACAAAGGCCAAAGCCUGUUGACAUGGACACUAAGGUACAAGAUUGUUCAAGAUUUAGCCUCUGCAUUACUCUACCUGCACGAAGAAUGCGAAAAGUGUAUUGUCCACAGGGACAUAAAGUCCAGCAAUGUCAUGCUGGAUUCAAACUUAAAUGCCAAACUUGGAGAUUUUGGAUUAGCCAGACUGGUUGAUCAUGAAAAGGGAUCGCGCACAACUGCCCUGGCAGGAACCAUGGGGUACAUAGCCCUUGAAUGCGUCGUCUCAGGGAAGGCUAGCAAGGAAACAGACAUCUACAGCUUCGGCGUUGUGACAUUAGAGAUAGCUAGUGGGAGAAAACCGAUUGAUCAUGAUGCCGAUGAAGAGAGCCAAGUGAACAUUGUAGAAUGGGUGUGGAAACUGUAUGGAACUGGGCAUCUUCUUGAAGCUGCGGAUCCAAAUCUUUCGGUGGAAUUUAGUGAAAGAGAAGUGGAACAGAUGUUGAUGGUUGGACUAUGGUGUGCUCAUCCUGAUUGCAGUUUUAGGCCAAGUAUUAGACAGGCGAUUCAAGUGCUCAACUUUGAAGCACCCUUGCCUAAUCUCCCAGAAAACAUACCAGUGGUAACAUUUAGGCCUCAGCCAAAUGUUGAUGUUGCAUAUUCUUCCUCUUCAUCAUACUACGUCUCUGAUGUUUCUCAGAUAAGCCAGGCGCAAUCUGUAGUCUACAGUGGCAAUACUGAUUGCUCAUGUCCUGAUGAACAAUUGUCUAAUUGA